UCUCCUGUGGUAAAAGAUAUAUUUUUAAAAACAUAUAACAGAAGAAAUAAUUGUUUAAGCAAUUUUAAAAGAAAAAAAAAUUAAACUAUAGACUCUGAGAAAAUAAGACAAUGGUAAAAAGUGUUAACAAUAUGGAAUUCAAAAGCAAUUUCUCCAUCGAUGCUAUUUUAUCAAAAAAUUCAUCACAACACAAUAAACAACAAUUUGAGAUGCCAACAGCUUUAACUGUCAUCAAACAAGAACCCGAUACAAAAUCAUUGUAUGUUUCUGAUGGCGAACUAUCGGAAGAAUUUGAUAGCCCCAGCCGUACCAGUACCCCUAUGAGCAGUGCUGCCGACUCUCUAUCCUCCGGCGAAGACAAAUUGGAAGAUGAUCAGAGUUGUGACAGCGACGAAGACAAGGGAAAGUCCGAAGGCGAAGGUGAUGAUAAGAAACCUACCUACAGCUAUAAUGCAUUGAUCAUGAUGGCCAUACAAGACAGUCCCGAACAACGCUUGACUUUGAAUGGCAUUUAUCAAUAUUUAAUCAAUCGUUUCCCCUACUUUAAGAUGAACAAGAGAGGCUGGCAAAAUUCCAUUCGCCAUAAUUUAAGCUUGAACAAAUGCUUUACAAAAAUUCCACGCAGUUACGAUGAUCCCGGCAAGGGCAACUACUGGAUCUUGGACCCCAGUGCCGAAGAGGUAUUCAUUGGUGAAACCACCGGUAAAUUACGCAGAAAGAAUCCUGGCGCGAACCGUGCUCGUUUGGCUGCAUACAGACAAGCAAUUUUCUCUCCUAUGAUGGGACGCUACGCUCCUACUACAUCCCCCUAUGCCCAAGCCAUGCCUUUCAAUCCCAGUUAUGCCAAUGCUGCCGCCGCUGCUGCCAUUUAUCAACGUAUGAAUGCUGCAUAUGCUCCAGCUGUCUAUCCAUCAGCACCAAAUCAUCAAAUGCCAGUGUUCAAUCAAAUGAGUAUGUCCACCCCUAACACCAUGUAUCCCUCCGGUUUACCCAUGACUGCUGAACUUUUUCAUCGCAUGCAACUUUUAGGAAAAUUUCCAGCCAGUUAGAUGUAGUAAACCAUAACUUACGCUUAGCGUUUUUUUGCAUCAACUCUUAAACGUAAACCCGUUUAAAGAAUGAAAAGGACUUUGACUUCCAAUGAAUUGGACAGUAGAAGAAGGGGGCUUCCGACGCUCUUUCUCUACACAGAGAGUUGAGUCAACUACUGGUUUUACAAAUAUUCAGUUGAAGGAAUUGGGGCAAUUCAACUCAUUCAAUGCUUGGACAGCAUUUCAACAACAAGGCAGGCCUUAAAAAUUAAAAGUAAACUUGUCUUAUUAGCAGAAAUCAAAAAAAUAUAUUUUUGUAAAUUUAUAGUUUUUUUCUUUAAAAAAACUCUUUUAA